AUGUUACGCCAACAGCAGCAGCAGCAGCAGCAGCAGGCAGCGUGCAACAAAAAGUGGCAGACGCAACAAGGCAGCAAACAUACUCAACAUGAGCAGCUGAUAUUUCACAUAAACGACAUAAACACAGCAACGUUGGCGUCGACUGCGAAGUCCGGUGAGCAGUCGCCCACAGCUGGGCGACAAGAAUUGAAAAAAUGGUUGGGCCGACUCAUGCGCAUUACGCUGAAGAACAAACUGACGCUCAUUGGCGUCUUCAGCUGCACGGAUCGGGACAAGAACCUGAUACUGGCCAACUGUGAUACUUUUCAUCCGGAUCGCGAGCUGCCCAUUGACAAUGGCAAUAUCGUUGUGCCUGGUGAUCAGAUUCUAAGCGUAGCCAUCGAUAUGCCCGAGACUGUGGUGGAGCAAGAGCCAAUGGAGCUGGAUGAGGAGCAAGUAGUGCCCAUGGAAGUGGAUUAG